UUUAUUUCCCAGCAGCCUUUGCGGUGCUGCCGUAAAGCGUCUCCUGUGUGUCGACCUUCUACGUUCUUUUGGUUGAGUGACUUAAAGCAGCAUGGCGAGCAAGGAGCCCAACCGGUUGGUCCAGAAUCUCCGGGACAUGAUGGGUCGCAUGGCGGGCUCGUCGGGCGGCAGGGGCGCCGGACUUGGAAUCAAGCUGCUGCUCGGCGCCGGCGCCUUGGCAUACGGGGUCAAAGAAGCCACAUACACCGUGGAGGGCGGACACCGAGCGGUGGUGUUCAACAGGAUCGGUGGCAUGCAGAUGGACACGGUGCUGGCUGAGGGCCUUCAUUUCAGGAUCCCGUGGUUCCAGUACCCCAUCAUCUAUGACAUCAGAGCCAAGCCCAGAAAGAUCUCCUCGCUGACCGGUAGCAAAGACCUGCAGAUGGUGAACAUUGCGGUGAGGGUGCUGUCGCGUCCGAUGGCGUCCAAUCUUCCCAUGAUGUACCAGCGUCUGGGCAAAGACUAUGACGAGCGGGUGCUGCCCUCCAUCGUCAACGAGGUCCUCAAGUCGGUGGUGGCCAAGUUCAACGCUUCGCAGCUCAUCACGCAAAGAGCGCAGGUGUCGCUGUUGGUGCGCAGGGAACUUUUCGAGCGUGCCAAAGACUUCAACAUCAUCCUGGAUGACGUGUCCAUCACGGAGCUGAGCUUCAGCAGCCAGUACACCGCCGCCGUCGAGGCCAAGCAAGUUGCUCAGCAAGAGGCGCAGAGGGCUCAGUUCUACGUGGAAAAAGCCAAACAAGACCAACGACAGAAGAUCAUCCAAGCAGAAGGAGAAGCCGAGGCCGCCAGGAUGCUGGGUCAAGCCAUCACCAAAAAUCCCGGCUACCUGAAGCUGAGACGCAUCCGAGCUGCUCAGACCAUCGCCAAGACGGUGUCGACGUCGCAGAACAGAGUGUAUCUGGAUGCUGACAGUCUGGUCCUCAACCUGCAGAACCAGGCCUUGUUUAACAAUUUGUCGUUGAGCCAGAAGAAGUGAUGAAGAGGCCCUCGCCUUCGUCACAAUUGACCAACGGGCACUCGCCGGCUGCCAGGCCAGCCGGGGGACAGCAAACACAAAAGUCGGGAAGUCACUUUGGAUUUUGUUUUUGUUUUAUUGUGACCUUUGUCGAUAAAAUAGGAAAGAUUCCGGCGACGUCGUUGAGCCGUAAUGCAAAUCAGUCGCUCAUGUCUGUUCAUUGAUGCAUUCAGAAAUGGAAAGUGACCUUGUUCAAGAGUAGUCGCGUGCGGCUACAAAGGUGAUGGCGCAAAUUAAUUAAAUCUUGAUGAGGAUCAUGA